AUGUGGAGACUUACGCUUGCAACUUCCCCGGCGAUCAAUGAUGUUAACCGCUUUGGCCGCAGCGCCCAGUGGUAUACAAGCUCCAUUGCUAUAGUCUCGUGCUGGCCCCGGAGCGGUACAGACCUCGUUGUUGUUAAACUUGACCGUAAUAUCCAGUGGCCCAGCGUUCGAAACCUCCUCGGUAUCCGCCAUGGCCGAUGGCAAGAGGGCAGCGCAAGCGACAAGGGCGUUAGCAGCAAGAAGAGAUGA